AGUGUACUAAUGGGCUUGCUGUGCCUUGUGCCGGCUUUGGCCCAAUCACAAGUGGAUAUUAAUGCGGCCACGAUGCAAAAUAUUUAUUCAAAUCUGGAUGCUCGUAUCUCACCCUGUAAUAAUUUCUGGGCGUACGCAUGUGGAAAUUGGUCUUUUAACUACGUGGACAACUUUGCACUGGCGGAAGAGACUUAUGCCAAUGAAAUGCUGAGAGUGCUGAGAGACAAUCGCCUUAUUCAGCGGGGGACAGCACCACGCCUAUACAAUAAUAUGUUCGACUACUUUACCGCUUGUGCUAAAAAUCAAACUGAGGAGCUCCAACUGCCUCAUGAACUAACCUUUUACUACUUCGAAUGGAUACGAGCAAUGGCAAGGCUGCGCAAAUAUGGUUUGAAUGGUGUUUUUUUCGAGGAGACGGCGGAUGUGGCCUACAACGACUCGCUACGUUUUGUAGUACAGCUGAAAAUGCCAGCCGCUCAAAGCAAUUAUAUGCCCAUAUUGCUUUUUAAGCCUGAGAUUCAACAAUUGGAAAGAGAUCUACGUGCAUUGUACGAGAAAUAUCGCAGAAACGAGCCCCUAUUGCAAUCCUGGACGCUGGGCAGACUCAAGCAGGAAAUACCUCAAAUCGACUGGCAAAUAUACUUUAGAGAGCUGCUGGAAGUGGAGCCAAGUGAUACCGAGCUUCGUGUAGAGGUCAGUGAUGUGGAGUACUUACGAGCCUUGGGCGAGCUGCUGCGGCGCUGCAACAAAACUAGCUUGGAACUAUAUCUACGUGUGCAGUUUGCCAAUUUUGCAAGAGAAGUCAAUCCCAGUUCGGGGCAUGCUCCAAGAGUUCAUAGUUGCAUACAUCAUAUGCGCGCCCUACUGCCGCUGGGUAUGAACUACAUAUACGAUCGAUACAUAUACAGGACCCGGUCACAGGACACGGGGCAGCUGCAAACUAUUUUUGACAGCUUACGUGGUAUGUUUGGCAAGUACUUGGAUUGGAAUCGAUUACAGUUGAGUCCACAGCAAAUACAAUAUUUGCAUGCCAAACUUGCGGUCAUGCAGCUGAAACUGGGUAAUCUACCGGAUGCGACAACGACAGAGGAUUUCUUCGAUAGCCAUUAUGCCAGUGCCAGAUUUUCACGUUCCGAGUUCCAGCAAAAUCUAUGGCAGGCUUUGCGCCUGCGAACGCGUCUGCAGCAUGCUCCUUUGCUGCAGCCUGGAGCUACUUUGCAACUGAAUCACUACUAUGUCAACGACGAUCUGUUCAGAGCACGCAAUGCACCCUACUUUGAGCAUGAACGCAAUACGCUGACGGUGCCUUUGAUCUUUUUGCAGUGGCCGUUUUACGAUCAUCGGCAACAUUCAAUUUUUCAACACAGUCUGAUGGGGUUUAUUCUAGCACACGAGCUGAGUCACGCCUUUGAGCAGGACGGCAUACUCUUCGAUUUCGCCGGCAACGAGUCUCCACUGGGUAUGCACAUACGCCAAAAUUCAAAAUUUGAAAAUGCCCUACAGUGUGUCCUGCAGACGCCAACAAAAUCUCUGAGGGAGCGACUAGCGGAUUUAAACGGCCUGCAACUGGCAUAUGAUACGUUCUUUGGCAUGGGCCAUGACUCGCAGCGGUUUGAGUAUCAGCCGUAUGCAUUUGAAAAGGAGUUUCCGGCUCCGCAGCUGUUCCAUUUGAACUUUGCGCAGUUUUUUUGUGGCCGAUUGCCACCAGCCAUUGGGCAUGACAUGGACGACGUGCGAGUCAACGAAGCUGAAAAAAAUUUGCAUCAAUUUUCUAUUGAUUUCAGGUGUCGGCAUCAGUCACCUUUGAGCAGCUGUGAAAUGUGGCGCCCAGCAAGCAUUUAA